CAGAGAAGGUCCGCCGGUCCCGAAUGCAUCAUUUGAACAAAUAAAGUUAGCAUCAUGUGUGCUUCACAGAGAUGGCGGGAACCAUGUCGAUGGGGUUGGACAGCUAAAGUCUGGCAGCCAUUGAUGUCAAACAUCCAGGUAUUGAGCCUAAGUGGAUGUCUCUGCAAGGUCAUGGAGACUGGAGAUAAAGCCCUUCAGAGCCUUGAACACGAGAUUGAAAAUGACAGCUCAGAAUAUUCCUGAGGAAGAACUACCCUGUGACGUGGAAAUGGAAGGAUUUAUGAGAGAGGGUCCCCAUUUUUCCAUUCUGGGUGAUAAUUGGGACUGUAAGAACUGGGAGGGAGAUCUGUGCAAUUCAGCUUUAACUCAGGAGAAGCCAGGGGCUCGGGAGUCAGUUUGUGAAUAUCCUGGACUUGGGGGGCCUUUGAGUGCAGGCUCAGACCUUCCACCCUCUCGGAGGGUUCCUGCAACAAACGGUUUCCAUAUAUAUGACUCAGAAGUUCGCAGUUUGGAUUAUGACCCAGCUGUACACAGUUGUCAGAAAAGUUUUGUGUCUAAGAUAACUGGUGACAGUGAUGCCUGUGGAAAAGCCUUCAGUCACUCCAUGGAAAUUAUUCAGCUUGGAAGAAAUCAAAUGAGAGAGAAACCCCAUAAAUACCCUGAAAGUGUUAAGUCGUUCAGCCAUUUUCCCCCUCUUGAUGAACAAAAAAUAACGAGAAGAGGGAAGAAACUGUCAGAAGGCAAGGGCUUUGGGAACACGCUUACCCUGAGUUCAUCUCGGAAUGAAAAUAGGGGUCACCCUGGAGAGAAGCUGUACGAAUGUACCGAAUGUGGCAGAUGCUUCAAACGGAACUCUUCUCUCGUUUUGCAUCACCGAACUCACACUGGAGAGAAACCUUACAUGUGUAAUGAGUGUGGAAAAUCCUUCUCCAAGAACUACAACCUGAUUGUGCACCAAAGAAUCCACACAGGAGAGAAGCCCUACAAAUGCAGUAAGUGUGGGAAAGCCUUCAGCGACGGGUCAGCUCUGACACAGCACCAGAGAAUUCACACUGGGGAGAAGCCUUACGAAUGUUUAGAAUGCGGGAAAACCUUCAACCGGAAUUCCUCCCUGAUUUUACAUCAGAGAACUCAUACAGGGGAGAAGCCGUACAGAUGUAACGAGUGCGGGAAGCCUUUCACGGACAUCUCCCACCUCACCGUGCACCUCAGAAUCCACACUGGGGAGAAGCCCUACGAAUGUGGCAAGUGUGGCAAGGCUUUCCGAGACGGCUCGUACCUCACCCAACACGAGAGGACUCACAGCGGAGAGAAGCCCUUUGAGUGUGGGGAGUGCGGGAAGUCCUUCAACCGGAACUCUCACCUCAUCGUGCAUCAGAAGAUCCAUUCUGGGGAGAAGCCCUAUGAGUGUGCGGAGUGUGGGAAGACUUUCAUCGAGAGCGCCUACCUCAUCCGGCACCAGAGGAUUCACACCGGCGAGAAGCCCUACGGCUGUGACCAGUGUCAGAAACUUUUCAGGAACAUCGCCGGCCUCAUCCGGCACCAGAGGACUCAUACUGGCGAGAAGCCCUACGAGUGCAGUCAGUGUGGCAAAGCUUUCAGGGACAGCUCCUGUCUGACCAAGCACCAGAGAAUUCACACUAAGGAGACCCCGUACCAGUGUCCGGAGUGUGGAAAGUCCUUCAAGCAGAACUCGCACCUGGCGGUGCAUCAGAGACUCCACAGCAGGGGGGGUCCCAGCCAGUGUCCUCAGUGUGGGAAAACAUUCAGAAGGAGCUCGGCCCUCGUCCGCCAUCAGAGCACACACCCUGGAGAGCAAGCCGUGGAAACGUAAUGAACGCAGGCCUACUUGUCUCCUGAACGUUCUCAGAAACCUGUGUGAAGGAGGGAUGUCUUCAGGGAUGACUCCUCCUCGUCAAUACAAAAGAGAUUUUUUAAUUUAGUUUAAGGAAAAAAGUAAGUCCCUGCAAUCCCACCCCCUGAGAUUAUAAUCAUUAAUAUUCUGGUGACCAUUCUCUCCCCAUCUCUUUAUGUGUUUAUGUUUUUGCAUGGAUAGGGUCACGUUACACACGUGGCUUUUAAAUAUAGAAAUUUGCUUUUAAGUAUUUCUCUACCCUAUCCAGUGAAUUGAUGAAUGUGAGACAUUCCUUAGCCAUACUAUUAAGUUGAUACAUUAGGGGACUCCCGGAGGGAAUAUAAAAUGCUAAUAAAUGUGGGAAAGGCUUCAGGGAUGAUCAGCCUGUACCAAGCAAGAUACACUGGAGUAAAACCAGUGGAUGUCUGUCAGGAAGACGCUUCCCUGGAGACAGCCAACUGCUCCCGCGUCAGAGUGUGUAAACUGCAAAGAACCUGUGAAUGUGUUCAGUAACUAAUCGGUACGAGGGAUCGUUUAAUCGGGCGUGUCUGCCUUAUUGUACAUAAGUGAACUCUUAACCGGAACCAUGUGUAAGCGGUGAGAGCAGCUUUUGGCAGGAGCUCCUCAGUGUUGCACGUCUCAGCAACCACAGUGUUGGAGUAGAUUGCCGUUUGAGUGUGUGUGUGUGUUACAGUCUUGCCAGAUGCCGAUGACUCAUUUCAGAAGGAGCACUUAUUUGGACGACAGUGUUGCUUAUGAGUGAACAGUGGCAUUAUCUUUCUUAAGACUGAAGCCCGCUUAUACUGAGAUGGAAAGGGCUGCUGUCAAUAAGUGUGAUAUGCCGCUUUAGUUGUUAUAACAAAAAGUACUGAGUUAUGUUUACCUUGUUCCCUUACAUUGUUGUUCACUUAGGACACUUCUGAUUUGUUCCUUGCUGAACCAUAAUGAUAAAGGUUUUGUCGCCUUAUUGAAAAUGCUCAUGAUACAGCAGGCAACAAUAAAAACAAGCAUAAAGUAGAAGAUUUACUAUUAUGAUGGCCAUGUGAAGAUAUGUGUACAUGUCACUGUAGAGUGGACAUUGAUCAUGGAGAAAUAAACCUGGCUUUCCUAGUGGACUACAAUUGUAUUUGAUUUUUUUUCUCUAUUAUAAAUCAUACAUUGUUGCUGUCAUAACUUGAUAAGGAAUAAAAAGGUGAUGAAUUUUG